AUGAAUAAGAAUGCCACGACACAGAUCAAAGUGCUUCAAUGCAUUCAGUGUGAGAAUUAUGUGGAAUUUUACUGCAGUCCAUGUAAACAAAAUCUGUGUAUGCUUUGUAAGCAGAAACACACUGUGUACCUCGACACCAAAAACUAUGAUGUCGCUAUUUACCGUUUAAAGCAUGGAGCCUUUGUAAUGCCAGAGUCAUGUGAUAAACACCCAGAGUGCAAAUAUAAAAACUGGUGCGUGUCUUGUGAAUGUCCAAUCUGUAAUAAAAAUGAUAAACAUCAAGGGCAUAGAAUUGUGGACAUUAAAUUAGCCUACAAAAUUCUACGAGGGCAACACAAGAAAAGAAUUAUUCAAAUUAGAGGUGAAAGUCUCCCAUACAACCGUGCGAUCCUAGCAGGUCUCGAAUCUGACGUCAAAAGAGAUGUUAAAACAUUGAAAGCACAAUUUUCCAGCAUCCAACAAGAGCUUGCGGUUAAAGCUGAAAACUUGAAAAAACUUAUCGAAAUACAUAGAAAGGCAGUUACUGAUUUAUAUGAAACAAAUAUUUAUAUGAGUUUUAUAAUGAAGCAUCAAAAAAUGACAGAGUAUGUGCAUAUAUACGAGCAACUGGCAAACAAGCCUGUGAGGUUUCUGUUGUUCAUAAAGAAAACCCCUGUCCCCAAGACAAUAGAACUUCCUGAUAACAUAAAGUGUAACUUUAAUAAAGUAAUAAGAAUAAGAGACACUCUAGAGCUAUUAGUUGAAAUCAAAAUCACAGAGGCAAGAAAAAGACAAGUUAGAAAUGAGCAUAUGUUAAGACUGUUAAAAGGGGCUAUCCUAAAUACUAAGCAUGUUGAUGUGACUAAUUUAUAUCACGGUGGACACAUUUCUUUUGUGACGUCAGAUAGACUUUGGAUCAGUGAUGGACGCAGUCUUAUUUUGACCAAUUCUAAAGGUAACAAUCUACAUCAUUUAUUUGAUGUAAGUGAAUACUAUGGUGUACAUACAGUAAACAGUGCAGGAGAGUUGAAUUAUGUAGACAAAGAGUGGAACAUUAACAAACUUAGUGCAGACAAUACUACAAAAUCGACAUUGAUGAAGAGAACAGAAUUGUGGGAACCAUGGUGUAUCUGUCAUUCUUCCUUAACUGGAGAUUUGCUGGUCAUGAUGAGAUAUGAUACAGGUAAUCUUAACAUAUCUUUAUCAGAUGUGAAAGUCAUUCGGUACAAUAGUACACUACAACCAAUCCAAACCAUCCAAUACCACAAGACAGGCGAACCAUUAUAUCGUGACCCUGUCUACAUCACGGAGAACAGGAUUGGGGAUAUUAUUGUGUCUGAUAUAGGGCAGGGUGUGGUAGUCACAGACCGUGAGGGGAAAUAUCGUUUCACUUACACAGGACCGCCGAAAGGAUUGAACUCUGGAUUCUUUAUGCCAAGUGGAAUUUGUGUAGAUACAUUCUUAAAUAUCCUGAUCUGUGGUCGAAUAGACCAAACAAUACACAUGAUUGACAAGGACGGCUAUCUCCUGUCAAUUAUAUCAACAAAACAAGAUGGAAUGGUUGAGUCAUUGGGACUGGGAUAUGACGAGAAAAAUCAUCUUGUUUGGAUGGGAUCAGGCAACACCAACUGA